AUGACAGUUUUUAUUGCUUCACUAUUUCUCCCCAAGACGGUCCACUUCAGGCUUCCGGGCACACCGUCGAGAAGUGCACCGCCGCCGGCACUUGAUAAGGACAGGGCGAAGGGCGACGUUCCGGCCGGUGGGCUUAAGUCGCCAUCGCACGCGAAACAGCCCAGCCUCUUCAAGGACAUCACGCCCCCUGAGACUCCGAUCGAAGAACGCCCCGCCGCAGAAGACAUUUUUGCCAACGAGGAUGGCCUCGCCGUACCCCAGUUCCCCGCACCUACCGAUGCCGGAAAGCAGCGUGGCCCUGCAGACCGCGGAUCGCCAACAUGGGGCGCCCGUCGGGAUCAACCCAUGUCGCGGGCCAACUCCCCGCCCCCGUCAUCGCUCCUCAACCACAACAAGACCCUGGCGCUUAAAGCACGAGAGCUGGGUCGCAUGGGGGUCAAGCAGCCGCUGUCUCUGACCCGAAGCGAUAGCCACGAUCGGGUCUUUGCGCAAGCUGACUACACCAUAGUGAACGCAGACCAGGGCAAUGGCGGCCUCCGCAACGCCGCCGAGGCUGCUGCAAGGGAGGGCAAACUUGGUGAUCACACCUAUGUUGGCACUCUGGGAAUGCCAACGGACGCGCUCGACGGCACGCAGCAGAAGCAAGACAUUGAGGAUAGGCUUGCAACGGAACACGACUGCCUAGCUGUGUGGUGCUCGGAUAAGGACUUUGACGGCCACUACUCGCACUUUUGCAAGCAGAUCCUGUGGCCGGUGUUCCACUACCAGAUCCCCGACAACCCCAAGAGCAAGGCGUACGAGGAUCACUCGUGGAAGUACUACGUCAACGUGAACCAGGCUGUGGCUGACAAGAUUGUCAAGAACUGGAAGCGAGGAGACGUCAUUUGGGUCCAUGACUAUCAUUUGCUCCUGGUUCCCGGGAUGAUCCGCAAGAAGCUGCCAGAUGCCAAGAUUGGCUUCUUCCUGCACGUGGCUUUCCCCUCAUCGGAAGUCUUUCGCUGUCUGGCGGUACGUAGGGAACUGCUUGAGGGUAUGCUUGGCGCCAACCUCGUGGGCUUCCAAAUCCACGAGUACACUCGUCACUUCCUGCAGACUUGCAGCCGCAUCCUCUCAGCCGAAGCCACACCUGAUGGCCUGCAACUUGAAGACCGCUUUGUCGAUGUGAUCAACAUGCCCAUCGGCAUUGACCCCGUUGCAUUGAGCGAGCACCGCAAGGAACCCCAAGUUCUGGAAUGGGUGAACAAGUUGCGGAAACAAUACGAGGGCAAGCAUCUCAUUGUCGCACGUGACAAGCUGGACCAUGUGCGCGGCGUCAGGCAGAAGCUUCUCUCAUAUGAGCUGUUCCUCAACCAGAACCCCGAGUGGCGCGGCAAGACGAUGCUUAUUCAGGUGGCAUUAUCUACCAGCGAGAAAUCCGAGCUGGAUGCGACAGUUUCCGACAUUGUCACGCGUGUCAACUCGUCAUGGGCGAGCCUGACAUACCAGCCGGUCACUUACCUGAAGCAAGACAUAGGAUAUGCUCAGUACCUGGCACUACUCACCAUCGCAGACGCACUGAUGAUCACCAGCCAGCGUGAGGGCAUGAACCUGACCUCGCACGAGUUUUUGGCUUGCCAGGAUGGCAAGAACAGCAACGACAAGAAGCAUGGGUCGCUGAUCCUUUCCGAGUUCACUGGCACAUCCAGUCUCUUUGGCGGCAACGAGUUAAGCGUCAACCCGUGGGACUAUCGGGCCUGCGCAGACGCGAUCAAGAAGGCGCUGGAGAUGUCGGCCGAGGAGAAGGAGCGCAGGUGGACAAAGUUGUACCAGGCGGUUAGUCACCACACGGGUGCCCACUGGUUCACCGAGUUUAUGCUUCGGUUGGACCGUGUCCACGAGGAGCAGCACCGCCGCGACCAGACCUCGGUGCCCAGGUUGUCGGUUGCGUCGCUCUCGGCGCAGUAUAAGCGAAGCAGCAAGAGGCUGUUCAUCCUCGACUACGAGGGAACUUUGGUCAGCUGGGGGCCAGUCAACCAGAUCAUUCCCGUCAGCCCACAGCGCACCCUCGAUGUCCUCUCGGACCUCCUCCUCGACGAGCAAAACACCAUUUACGUCAUGUCGGGUCGCCGCCCCGAAGAGCUCGAUCGCCUUUUCCGUGCCCGUAUCCCUAACCUAGGCUUGAUCGCCGAGAAUGGCUGCCUCCUCCGCAAGUGUGGUGCCGAUUCGUGGACCGAGAUGGCGGAUGCAGGACAUAUCAAGAAUUGGAAGGAGUCGGUCAGGGGUAUUAUGACAUACUUCCUUGAGCGAACGCCCGGAGCCGAAGUCGAAGAGCGCCGAUGCAGCCUGGUCUUCCAUUACAAGAACGCCGAGGACUACGAGGCCGCCGCGAGACAGGCCAGCGACUGCGCGUCGCACAUCAACGACGCCUGCGAGUCGCAGCGGGUCCACGCUGUCGCUCUCGACGGAUGCGUCGUCGUCGAGCCGGUCGACUGGACCAAGGGGACGGCGGCAGAGAAGAUCUUUGACGACCUGCGAAGCGGUGACCUCUCGCCCGACUUUUUGAUGGUCGUGGGUGACGGACGUGAAGACGAGAAGGUCUUCAAGUGGGCCAACCAGCUCGGCGAGGAAGGCACCGUGAAAGACGUAGUCACCGUCAGCCUUGGAAGCCGUAACACAGAGGCAAGAGCUACAUUGACUCAAGGUGUCAGCGGCGUCCUCACUGCGCUUCAGAAGCUGGCUGCGCUCUCGUGA